AUGUGCAUUAGAUUAACAAUAAAUGUUAAGCUCGAGAAUACUGUGCAUCCGGGGUACAACUCCUUUUCAGCUUCAGCAAAUAAGUUAGCUAGCUGCAAAUAUACGCAAUAUCAAAGAGCAGCUGUAUCAACCCUAAACUGCUCUUUCCCUUUGUUCGACUUCGCCGAAGAACGACAGCUCUCAGUAUCAACCCUAAAAUCGAUCUCAGUCUCUCCCUCUCGUUCUGCUCUGUUCGAUCCCUCUCGUUCUGCUCUGUUCGACUUCGGCGAAGAACGGCAGCACGAAAUAUGGAGAGUUCAAGAGAUUUGGCGGUGGGGACAGUGGCUGUGGGUGCAUCGUGUUGCUAAGUCUGUCUCUCAUCAACGUGAGAUUGAGAGGCGGAGAAUGAGGGAUCAGUUGGAAGAUCGGCUACAAAGAGCAAUUAGGAGACAAAGAGCCGAGUAUUUAAGGCAGAGAGGAAGAUCGUUGAACGGUAUUCUGCACCUACUGUUGCCAGGUCUUCGUCGAGCAAAGGUUUAUCAAUUGAGAAGGGUCGUGGUACUCAGCUCAAAGACAUUCCUAAUGUACUAUCUAAAGGCAGCUUUUGGCUUCGUCAAAAAUCAGUUCUCAGAAAUUUUGAUGAUGGUUGGUAUAGGUUCUAUUGCUUCUCAGAUGGUGCUGCUUCCACUAAUGAAUCCAUUGGUUGGAGAGAAAGUAAUAUUGUGCAUGGCCUUACUUUCUUCUAUAGCUUAUGCAUUACUCUAUGGUUUGGCUUGGGCAACUUGGGUGCCUUACUUAAGUGCCUCAUUUGGAGUUAUCUAUGUUCUUGUGAAACCUGCUACUUACGCAAUUAUUUCAAAAGCAUCGAGCUCAAGCAAUCAGGGGAAAGCACAGGGAUUUGUUGCUGGUGUACAAUCCAUAGCGAGCUUGCUAUCGCCACUCGCUAUGAGUCCACUGACUUCAUGGUUCUUAUCUGAAGAUGCACCUUUCAACUGCAAAGGCUUCAGCAUGGUUCUUUUAUUGACUUGUGGUGUUCACCUUCAGAACCCAACAACCCUUAUUGCAGCCGAAUACCUUGAUCUGGUCAAUUACACACGAAGAGUGUUGUGGGAGUCUACACAAAUGGCAUCACAAGAGGGCUCAAUCUAUUGUAUAGCAAAUAAAAUGUUUGGUGAAGUACUAACAGAAUUGGUCGGAUAUAAGCCAACAUCCAAGAUUUAUUUGAUUUUUUUAGAUUUGUCUAUGUUAUAUAUUUUAAAUUAUGUUAGAUUAUGUUAGAGAUUUUGUAUUAUCAACAAUUUACUAAUUGUAUGUAUAUAUAAGUUAUUAAUUCUAUUAAA